CCGGAAGAAAAACCGUCCGCGGCGCGCAAACGUGCAAAGUUGUUGUGCGUGAAAUCAAAGCUGCAGAGACACAGUGAAGAUGUUUUACUGGAUGAAGAGGAGCAGCGGCGGCUCCGACACUCUGGACCGACUCGGCAACAUGUCGAAGGCGGAAAUCCUCCGAGGAAUCGUCACCGAGAAGCUGAGCACGGCCGCGCAGGAGAUCUUAGCGGUGGUGGAGAGGACCGUGGCCGGGUACGAGGAGGAGGCGUCGGGCUUCAGACGGGAGAUCGAGCGUCAGAAGAGGCAGCUGGAGCUCCUGCUGCAGCCCCGGGUCAAACUGGAGAGGAAAGCUCUGAACCCAGAUGGCGAGGACCAUGAGGUGGUUGUUUUGAGCGAGGAGGAGGAGGAGCAGCACACGCAGCACUCAGGUGUGGAGGACACGGGGAGCCUGGGCCUCCUGUGGUUCGGUGAGGAAGAGGAUGGUGAUGGUGACGAUGGAGUUGAUGAAGAGCAGCAGCUGUCAGCAGCGAGCUCCAGACAGAGACGAGAAGAUCUGAAGGACCCGGAUUAUCAAAUAACAUCAAGGGUCAUUUCCCCCAGAGCUCGGUCUGACAGGAGGAAGCCCGGCAGACCUCGGCUCAGCGACACACAGAGCCAUCUGGACCUCAGGAUCUGCAUCCUGGAGGACUCUCAGACUGACGUGCUCUCGAAUACGGUGUUCAGGAAGUACCCAGUGCAGCAGGUCCGGUGUCCUCGGGGCCUGCAGGAGGCGGACUUCCUGGACCUGCUGAGGUCCACCUUCCCUCAGCUCACCGAUCAGAAACCUUUCGAAGUCUUCACGACCGACAGGAGUAAGAGACUUCAGCCUCUGAGAGCGAAGACGCUGACACCUGAGGAGAUCUGUCGGAGCAUCAGGCUAACCGGGUCUGGAAACUCCGCCCUCUACAUCCGACUGAAGACAGCAGAGGAUCCUCAGAGCAGCAGUGACAACCUUCAUCCUCUGCAGAGAACAGAAGAUCCUCCGUCCGUCUCCGCCACGACGUCUGCUGAUGAAACCGACACACACACCAGGUUAUCGUCUCCCAGAGUUCAGUCUGAGAAGAGGAAGCGUGGCAGACCUCGCAUUGGCGAAGAACCGACUCACCACCUGCUCAGAGUCUGCAUGCUGGAGGACUCCCAGUCAGACUUGCUCUCAAACAAAGUGCUGAUGAAGUCCUCGGUGCAGGAGGUCCGGUGUCCUCGGGGCCUGCAGGAGGCGGACUUCCUGGACCUGCUGAGGUCUGUCAUCCCUCAGCUGGAGGGAGACGACAAACAGUUUGACGUCUUCAAGUCGGAUCGCAGCCGGAGACUCCAUCGUGUGAAAGUGAAGACGAUGACGCCAGAGGAGAUCUUCAGGAACACCAAGUCCAGCUGCGCCGACAAGACGCUCCUCUACAUCCGACUGAAGACAGGAGAGGAGGAAGAGGAGGAGGAGGAGCUUCGCCUUGUGCAGAGAAACGAUGAGGUCACCAGUGAUUCUCCAUCCUCCACCGCUGUGCUGAUCAGAAGUGACGGAGCCGACCUCAGUGCAAGCCCCGUUCAACACGUGGAGGGUAACGGAGCGGACGUCCUGUCCAGCAGCUCAGCGUCACAACAACAGAAGGUGAGAACAAAGGAAUCUGAUGAUGGAGACGCUGCUGAGAGUCAGGUGGAGUCCAGUGACGACGACAAAGAUGGAGAUGAGGCGUUAGACAAAGAUGACGACUGGAAACCGGACCCUGAGCUGGGGACGCCGAAGAUGAGGAGGAAGCGAGGAGCCAGAGCGUCAGGUGUGGAGGGGAGGUUGAUCGGCAGUGAUAAAAUCCCCUGUAAGGUGUGUGGCGUUUGGUACAGGAUACUGGGCAGCUUGAUCAAACACGCCUGGAGCCACCUGGAUGAGGCGCAGAGCAUCUGCGGCGUGUGCGGAGAGCGCUUUGAGUCCACGGAGGAGUUAAAGGGACAUCUGAAAAAAUAUCAGAAAACUCACGAGUGCUCGUACUGUAGGAAGUCUUUCUUCACCAUCACCGGCCUCAAGUGCCACACCACGCUGCACACAGGAAACAGACCGUUCAAAUGUGACGUGUGCAACAAAAGCUUCCCUCACAUGUCUGGCCUGAGUAUCCACCGCUGGGUGCACGUGGAGGAUAAACCGCACAAGUGUCACAUCUGCCCGAAGGCGUUUGGUCUGAAGGCGCAGCUGCGAGCUCACAUCAAGGUGCACACGGGGCGAGACAAGUACCACUGUAACCUCUGCAGCAAGUCUUUCUACGACCUGCGAUCUCUGACCCGUCACAAGGCCACGCACUCAGGAGAGAGGCGUUACAGCUGCGGCGCAGCGGGAAGAGCUUCAAACUUCCUGGUACGUUAAAG